AUGCGGGCGAGCAUUCUCAAGCAGCAAGUUUGUGCCAGGGGGAAUCACCAGUGGAGGAGGACGAUCAAAGCGAAGACGACGUCGACCACCUGGGGCAUGGAAGCGGCCUUCACGUGGAUGUCGCGGACGAGGCUCAGUGGCUGGCCAGUUACCAAUGUCAGUUUCUGGUUCGGCUUGGACCAGGUAGAGAGUUUCAUCGUGCUCACUGGGCCAUGCUCCUCGCGGAACCUGGCGACCUUGUGCCACAAAAAGGCCACGAAGAUGUACACGCCAUGCUCUGCGCCUGUAUCCCGCAAGCGUGUGAUCAGCGACUCCAGGAAGCGCCGAGCGGACCACAUCAAAUGA